AUGAUCCCAUUCCAGAAUUCAGAACUCAUCGAUGAAGAACAGCAGUUCAACAAGUUGCACACAUCUUGCAGGAUCAUAAUAGAGAAUGCAUUUGGUCUACUUAAGGGAUGGUUUACAGUUCUAUUGAAACAGGUUGAGUUGGAAACAUUUAAUGUUGACCAAGUCAUACUUACAUGCUGUUCCCUUCAUAAUUAUUGUAUUAAAGAGAAAGAAGAAUACCCCGAAGAUUGGUGUGUGGAUUCAGAAAAUUGCAACAUUGCUUUAAUAAAUGAGGAAAUUCAAGUAUAUAAUAAUGAAUGGGGGCAUGAUGGUAAGGAUACCUGUGACAUGUUUGUUGAACUUUUAUGUAAAAUACCUAAUCAAAUGUUUUUUGUUGUCUGUUGA